UUCUUGUGUGAACAAGCUUGUUCAGGAGAGGUGAGGAUUUUCUGUUGUUUCGAGCAGCCAGUCUCCUCUGAGGCAUCCUUCUGUCUUUUUGCAGAAUGAAGCCUGUAGCCGAUACCAUGUCGGACGAGAAAGCCUCGAGAAGUCUUAGCGUUCUCAAAGACUUAAAUUUCAGUUUCGUGGUCACGGACCCUAAACAACAGGACAACCCCAUCGUCUACGUUAGCGAUGCCUUUCUCGAGCUGACAGGAUACACCCGGAAGGAGGUGCUUGGGCGAAACUGCAGAUUCCUUCAGGGUCCGGGAACUGAUAGAGGAGCAGUUGUGAAGAUUCGUGACGCUAUUCGGAACGAAGCUUCAUGUCAGGUUCAAAUUCUUAACUAUACGAAGGAUGGAACUCCAUUUUGGAACCUUUUCCAGAUAUCGCCUGUCCGUAUGGGUCCGAAGAAUGUGCUCGCGCACUAUAUUGGCGUGCAGACCUGCUUGCCUGCACGGUUCGAGACGUCCGAGCGGACUACAACCACGUUGGCCUCCGGAGAAAGCCCCACAUCUGUUGACAAAUCAUGUGCCGGUUCUGUACAUGUCGCCCCAAACGAUGACGACAUAGCUUUCAAAGAAUACGAGUCGCUUGCUAAGCUAUCUGCCGAGCUCGCACUAGAAAAGUGGGGAUCAUUCUGCGAGUCCCUACAGAUACCUGAAGCAGCUCAGAGGAGCGCAGGUCCUCAGGCUGCAGGUUCUUUAGUUGACUCUGUAUCUCAGCUUCCAGGAGCCCUUCUGACGUCUCUGGCAAGAAUUCAUCAGAGCAUUGUACUGGUGGAUGCAACAAACUCAGACUACCCAAUUGUCUAUGCAAGCAAGCCUUUCUUGAGCAUGACAGGUUAUUCUUGGCCAGAAGUGGUGGGAAGGAAUUGUCGGUUCCUUCAAGGGCCAGAGACAAAUGCUGACGAUGUCCAGCAGAUUCGAGACGCCAUACAGGGGAGCAGGUCAUGCUCUGUACAGAUUCUUAAUUACAGGAAGGAUGGUACGAAGUUUUGGAACUUGCUGCACGUGUCACCAGUAAGGUCCUUUGAUGGAAAAAUACACUUCUAUUGCGGCGUACUAAUGGAAGUCCCAGCUAAUGCACAUCCAUUUACCCAGACAAAUGCCUCUCAACAUCUUGGCGCCGUGGGUGCAGUUAGAAUUGCUGUCAGAAGUCAACAGUGCAAGAGCAGUUGAUGGUAGAUUGGACAUACCUACCUUGCAAGUUGUUGGAAAUACCUCAAGGACUUCAGCGUUUCUGAAGUAUGACACUACACUCGAGGAAAGGCGUAUCGGGUACGCGAGUCAACGGAGGUUACACGAGGAGGUUGGACGAAGGAACACGAAAGGACGAAAGACUCGAAUGGUCGCAACCGGAGGUUGCGACUGACCGUUACAACUGCAAGGGUGGUAACCGAACCGAUCAUCGAGUCGCUGUGCGACUCGAUAACCGUUCUUUCAACUGCAUUCCACAACUGCUUUACUUUCCUAUUUU